GAGCGGCAAGAUGGCCAGUAAAACCAAGGCCAGCGAGGCCCUAAAGGUGGUGGCCCGGUGCCGCCCCCUCAGCCGGAAGGAGGAGGCUGCUGGUCACGAGCAGAUCCUGACCAUGGACGUGAAACUGGGCCAGGUGACCCUGCGGAACCCCCGCGCUGCCCCAGGGGAGCUGCCCAAGUCCUUCACCUUUGAUGCCGUGUACGAUGCCAGCUCCAAGCAGGCGGACUUGUAUGAUGAAACCGUGAGGCCCCUGGUAGACUCGGUGCUUCAGGGUUUCAAUGGCACGGUGUUUGCCUACGGCCAGACGGGCACUGGCAAGACCUACACCAUGCAGGGGACCUGGGUGGAGCCCGAGCUGCGCGGGGUCAUCCCCAAUGCCUUUGAGCAUAUCUUCACCCACAUCUCUCGCUCCCAGAACCAGCAGUACCUGGUCCGGGCCUCCUACCUGGAGAUCUACCAGGAGGAGAUUCGAGACCUGCUCUCCAAGGAGCCUGGCAAGAGGCUAGAACUGAAGGAGAACCCGGAGACUGGCGUCUACAUCAAGGACCUCUCCUCCUUCGUCACCAAGAAUGUCAAGGAGAUUGAGCACGUGAUGAACCUGGGGAACCAGACCCGGGCAGUGGGCAGCACUCACAUGAAUGAGGUCAGCUCCCGCUCCCAUGCCAUCUUCGUCAUCACGGUGGAGUGCAGUGAGCGUGGCUCAGAUGGUCAGGACCACAUCCGUGUGGGCAAGCUCAACCUGGUGGACCUGGCUGGCAGUGAGAGGCAGAACAAGGCAGGCCCCAACACAGCCGGAGGGACGGUCACGCAGUCCACGGGGAGUGGCGGCGGCGGCAGCGGUGGUGGUGGUGGUGGUGGUGGUGGAGAGAGGCCUAAGGAAGCCUCCAAAAUCAACCUCUCACUGUCUGCCCUGGGCAACGUGAUCGCUGCUCUGGCGGGGAACAGGAGCACUCACAUCCCUUACCGGGACUCCAAGCUGACCCGGCUGCUCCAGGACUCUCUGGGGGGGAACGCCAAGACCAUCAUGGUGGCCACCCUGGGGCCAGCUUCGCACAGCUACGACGAGAGCCUCUCCACCCUGCGCUUUGCCAACAGGGCCAAGAACAUCAAGAACAAGCCCCGGGUGAACGAGGACCCCAAGGACACCCUGCUGCGGGAAUUUCAGGAGGAGAUCGCCCGCCUGAAGGCCCAGCUGGAGAAGAAGGGGAUGCUGGGAAAGCGGCUCCGGAGGAAGAGCAGCCGCAGGAAGAAGGCUGUGUCAGCCCCAGCCGGGUACCCUGAGGGGCCAGUGAUAGAGGCCUGGGUGGCCGAAGAGGAGGAUGGCAACAACAACAACCACCGCCCGCCCCAGCCUACCCUGGAGUCAGCCUUGGAUAAGAACAUGGAGAAUUACCUGCAGGAACAGAAGGAGCGUCUGGAGGAAGAGAAGGCGGCCAUCCAGGAUGACCGCAGCCUCGUGAGCGAGGAGAAGCAGAAGCUGCUGGAGGAAAAGGAGAAGAUGCUGGAAGACCUAAGGCGGGAGCAGCAGGCCACAGAGCUGCUCGCAGCCAAGUACAAGGCCAUGGAGAGCAAGCUGCUCAUCGGGGGCAGGAACAUCAUGGAUCACACCAAUGAGCAGCAGAAGAUGUUGGAGCUGAAGAGGCAGGAGAUUGCGGAGCAGAAACGCCGUGAACGGGAAAUGCAGCAGGAGAUGAUGCUCCGAGAUGAAGAGACCAUGGAGCUCCGGGGCACCUACACGUCCCUGCAGCAGGAGGUGGAGGUCAAAACCAAGAAACUCAAGAAGCUCUACGCCAAGCUGCAGGCGGUGAAGGCAGAGAUCCAGGACCAGCAUGAUGAAUACAUCCGCGUGCGCCAGGACCUGGAGGAGGCACAGAAUGAGCAGACCCGGGAGCUCAAGCUCAAGUACCUAAUCAUCGAGAACUUCAUCCCCCCUGAGGAGAAGAACAAGAUCAUGAAUCGGCUUUUCCUGGACUGCGAGGAGGAGCAGUGGAAGUUCCAGCCGCUCGUGCCAGCUGGAGUCAAUAACAGCCAAAUGAAGAAACGGCCAACGUCAGCCGUGGGCUACAAGAGGCCUAUCAGCCAGUAUGCUCGGGUUGCUAUGGCAAUGGGGUCCCACCCCAGGUACAGGGCUGAAAACAUAAUGUUUCUGGAGCUGGAUGUGUCUCCUCCAGCUGUCUUUGAGAUGGACUUCUCUCAUGACCAAGAACAAGACCCCCGUGCACUACACAUGGAGAGGCUUAUGCGGUUGGACAGCUUUCUGGAAAGACCUUCCACAUCUAAAGUUCGGAAGUCCAGGUCCUGGUGCCAGAGUCCUCAGCGGCCUCCACCCUCUACCACACACGCCUCACUGGCCUCUGCUGCUCUGCACCCCACAACAGUGCUAGACCAUGAGUGACAACCUUCAGUCAGGCUGCCCAUCCGAGAGCCUCCUGGGCUGGGGAGCCAAGCCUGGAUCAUCUCACCUGACGCUCAGUGUGCGUGCGUGUGUGUGCAUGUGCGUGUGCGUGUGUGUGAGGGGGUGAGCAUCUGGCAGACCGCGUCUCUGCCUGCUCAUCUUAGCCUCCUUUAUUUAAUUAAUGUUAUUUAUUCGUGGAGCUCAGCUGUGGGGGGAGAUGCCUUCACCUGAGCCUGCCGUGGCCACUGCAUAGCCUCCUUUCCUUCUGACUUUAGACCCCCGCCAUGUCAGACCUCAAGCUCCUCCCUGUCAGCUGCUCCCAGAAGGGAAGGUAGCCAGUGCCUGAGAAGAGAGUACAUUUUCUACCUGUCUCUCUCCAUAAUCUCCAUCUCCUCCUAUGCCGACGGUGAGCAGUUCUUAAGCACUUUCUGGGACUAGAAAAAUGCUAGAUGUCCACAAAGGGCAAGACACGUCCUGACAGUGUCGGGCCGAUGCUCCCAGGGAAAAGAGCCCUGCACUCAAGCGUCUGGACCUCAGACAACCUCUGUUGGCCUCUUGGGCUCCUUUUCAAGGACUUAUGUGACCUCACCGACACAGCCAUGCUCUUUGGCUUUGGCAAGAACUCAUGGCUUACCAAACUCUGCUUCCUGGCCACCUUCCCAACCCUUGGAUGGGAAUUGUGAACCAACCAGUUGCUGCCUGCUCAGGACCUGCAGGAAAUGAAACAGUAAUGGGACAACAUGGACAGUCAUCAGAGGAAGUCCCUUCUCUGAGUCCCUUUGUUUCUGUUCCCUCUGAGAAGUAACUGGGGUCAACGAGUGAUCAAGCCAACACCCCGUUUUUGAGACGCUGCUCCUUCCUGCUUUGGUCACUUUCCUCCGCAGCUGCCUGGAUCCCAGUUCAUAGUGGGAGCGAUCAAUGUCAUUCUCCCCCUGGCUAAACAAAGGUAUUGGAAUCUGUUGCUUCCCCCUUCAUUCAUCACAGGAGACAGGGACCCAGGCACAAUUUAUCAACCUUGCCUAUUACUCCUGUUUCUGCAUCACAUUUGUUGAGCACUAUUUUGUUGAAAACUGAUCCUUUUUCUUUGGCAUUGUAUAAAUUGGUCCCUGGGGAAAUACUCCUCGCCUCCCUUUGUGACAUACCAAGAUGUCUCCAGGUUAUCUCAAAUAAUAAGUAAAUUUCUACCAAAAAAAACCAAAAAACAAGAGAGAGAGAGAGAGAUUAAUUUUCAUUGAUUUACUUUUUAACUGUGUAUUUUGGUGGAGGAGUGAAGAGGCAAUCAUGAAAGAAACAAGUGGUUUAAGAUUUCAAAAUGCCCUAAUAGGGGGAGUCUCUAGUUCCCAGAAUUUGAGGAUUUUAGUCAUCGGGAGAACAGCAUGAAACCGACCGAGCUGCUUGAAAUUGGGUGAGGGGAAGGUGGCGGGGGGUGGGGGCUGAUUACCUGGUUCUUCUCUUUCCAUCAGGAAGUGAACCCUUCUUAUACAGUUCGAGUUCUGCUGUAAGGACCAAGCUAUGGUUUGGUUUAAUUCAAUGAUGCUGUCAUUUCUGCUGUAAUUACCGGACUAGCUGGUUUGGCAACUCAAUUGCCAUUUGCUCCUGUCCUUCAAGGAAAUGCCAUUUUUCAUCAGAGCCCAAGAGAUUAUUUGAGACUCAGGAUUCAGAUCAGAGGUUUGGCUGUGUCUGGGAUGGGAAUUGCGUGUAGAAAUGCCCCGGGUGGCCUGGGCACAGGGGGACCUCCAUGCCUACAUUGAGUAGCCUCUCCCACUGACCUCUUUCUUGUUUGUAGAUGAAACAGCACGUGUCACCCCCAUUCAUCACUUGGACACAUCGACUUCGCAUUGUCUGGUCACUUGACCCUCACAGUCUUAUAGCACAAAAUACCCAGUCUCACCAACCCCAGUCUGAGGGCUGGGCCCUAGGUGUGUCGGACGAGGAGCUCCUGCCCGCAGUUUUGUGUACGUGUGUGUGUUUGUGUGUGUGUGUGUGUGUGUGUGUGUGUGUUUACCUCCACAGGGGACACUCGACACUCAGUGUAAGACAUGCCGGGAACAGGGCCACCGGGGUGGUUGGAUCUCAGUCUCUCUGUCUCUCUCCUUCCCUUUUGAUGUAUCAAACAUUUGAUUGACAAAGUAAGGGCCUUGACUGGGACCAAAUUUCCAUGUCUGUUGCUAUGGUCUUUAUUUAGGACAACAGUUAACGCAGUGGCUCAUUCUUGUCACUAUACAUAUGGCUAUACAGGACAUAUGUAAUAUAUAAAUAUAUAUAUAAAACAUUACCGUCUGUCUCCUUGGCUUCAGAUGAGGCCUCUCUGUUGAGCUGAAAUGCACCUGCAGCCCAGCCCUGUUCAAAUUAACACAGUCGAUAAUAAAGGAAUGAGUAUCGUCACCGA